CCUCUCCCUGCUCCCUUCUAAUAGCCCGGAACACUGAAGGGCAGAGGGGGGCUCUCUCAGUGGGGGACACACAGCCGGUCCAGCCCCAGGCAGGGCCCUUGGGACGGAGGAGGACGUUGCUCUGGCUCCCAAACUCUAGAAGAAAGUCCGUCCAGGACCCCCCUCAGAGCCGUUUGAGAGGGCCCAAACCGGCCCAAGUCGGAUAUUCCGGGGGGCCUGUCCUGAUGGGUCCUCCGGGUCGCUCCUGAGGUGCCCGGAGUGCGCAUGUCUGGGCCUCCCGCCGCCUCGGGCCGGCUCACGCGGCCCAGGCACCCAGAGCCAGCUAGAGACCGCGGUUUCCUCCGGGAGAGCUGUCCAGCCCUCCCGAGAACAGCGAGAGUCCGACCGGCUGCUGCAGGGAGUGGUGUCUUCCCGCUCUGCCCUCCACCCCCCGAAAUGUUUCUGUUUCUAAUCCUAGCCCGGGCAGGAAUGUGGCUGCGGGGCCAGGGUCCAAGGAGCUAUUUUGGGGGCUCCCUUUUCUCCCCCAGGCUUUGGCCAGCGGGUCACCCCUGGUCCUGGCUCCUGAGGGCCUCCCUUCCCAAUUCUCUCACCACCCCUUCCCCACCUCCUGCCAAAAAAAAAAAAAAAAGUCCGUGUAAAGCAGAGGUCCUGAGGGCUAAAUUUAAACCAUCCCAAAGUCUGACUCCGUGGCUGAGUCACCCGCGAAGCUGGCCUCCUACCCCCCCCCCCUUCCCAGGCCUCACCCCUUUCUCACCCCACCCCGAUUCCUGGGCUUGAGAAGGGGGCGUUACCCGAUCAUUCUGAACCUCAAUUGGCCCCCUUGGAAUGGAAUGGGAGGGCUCAUCUUUGGCAUCUGCCACACCUGUAGCUUCCUCUGUGCUCCGCCUUUUUUUGGGGGGGGUGCAUGGUGGGAGAGUUGAAAUUCUUCACCCCCCCCCAUCUCACUCCGAAGUGUUCUGAGGGGCCCUGGGAGGAGGGAGUUGGGGGGCCUGGCUCAUGAGGGGUUAAGGCUGGGAGGCGGGAGGGGGCCGAACCGAGGGGUGGGGAGAAGGGGAGGAGGCCUCAGCAGCAGAGAGAAGUGGCCAGAGAGGCCCAGGGGACAGCCAGGGACAGGCAGACAUGCAGCCAGAGCCCCGAGGCCUGGACAGGGGCUGCCAGGCCCCGUGACGGGAGGACCCCGAGCCCCCGGCCCGGGGAGGGGGCCAUGGUGCUGCCUGCCCGACAUGUCAGCCGAGGUGCGGCUGAGGCGGCUCGAGCAGCUGGUGCUAGACCCCGGCUUCCUGGGGCUGGAGCCCCUGCUCGACCUUCUCCUGGGCGUCCACCAGGAGCUGGGUGCCUCCGACCUGGCCCAGGACAAGUAUGUGGCCGACUUCUUGCAGUGGGUGGAGCCCAUCGCCGAGAGGCUUAAGGAGGCCCGACUGCAGAGGGAUGACUUCGAGAUUCUGAAGGUGAUCGGACGCGGGGCGUUCAGCGAGGUGGCGGUGGUGAAGAUGAAGCAGACGGGCCAGGUGUACGCCAUGAAGAUCAUGAAUAAAUGGGACAUGCUGAAGAGAGGCGAGGUGUCGUGCUUCCGCGAGGAGAGGGAUGUGUUGGUGAACGGGGACCGGCGCUGGAUCACGGAGCUGCACUUCGCUUUCCAGGACGAGAACUACCUGUACCUGGUCAUGGAGUACUACGUGGGCGGGGACCUGCUAACGCUGCUGAGCAAGUUUGGGGAGCGGAUCCCAGCCGAAAUGGCGCGCUUCUACCUGGCCGAGAUUGUCAUGGCCAUAGACUCAGUGCACCGGCUGGGCUAUGUACACAGGGACAUCAAACCCGACAACAUCCUGCUGGACCGCUGUGGCCACAUCCGCUUGGCUGACUUCGGGUCCUGCCUCAAGUUGAGGGCGGACGGAACGGUGCGGUCGCUGGUGGCUGUGGGCACCCCGGACUACUUGUCCCCUGAGAUCCUGCAGGCUGUGGGCGGCGGGCCCGGGCUGGGCAGCUAUGGGCCCGAGUGUGACUGGUGGGCACUGGGAGUGUUCGCCUAUGAAAUGUUCUACGGGCAGACGCCCUUCUACGCCGACUCCACGGCUGAGACCUACGGCAAGAUCGUGCACUACAAGGAGCACCUGUCUCUACCGCUUGCCGACGCAGGGGUCCCUGAGGAGGCCCGAGACCUCAUCCAGCGGCUGCUGUGUCCUCCUGAGACGCGGCUGGGCCGGGAUGGAGCAGGUGAUUUCCAGGAUCAUCCUUUUUUCUUUGGCCUUGACUGGGACAGUCUCCGAGACAGCGUGCCCCCAUUUACACCGGAUUUCGAGGGUGCCACGGACACGUGCAACUUCGAUGUGGUGGAAGACGGGCUCACUGCCAUGGUGAGCGGGGGCGGGGAGACGCUGUCCGACAUGCGGGAAGGCAUGCCCCUGGGGGUCCACCUGCCAUUUGUGGGCUACUCCUACUCCUGCAUGGCCCUCAGGGACGAGGAGGUCCCAGGCCCCACAGCCAUGGAACUGGAGGCCGAGCCAUUGCCUGAGCCACCUGUGCGGGCGCCCAGCCCAGAGCCCACGGUGCCGCCACCAGAGGAAACAGCCGAAGCGGCAGCUCCGGAGGCCGUUCCCGCGGCGGCGGCGGCGGCGGCGGCGGCGGUGGCGGCGGAGGCCCAGGUGACGCUGCGGGAGCUCCAGGAGGCCCUGGAGGAGGAGGUGCUUACACGGCAGAGCCUGAGCCGGGAGCUGGAGGCCAUCCGCACAGCCAACCAGAGCUUUGCCAGUCAGCUCCGUGAGGCCGAGGCCCGGAACCGAGACCUGGAGGCGCGCGUCCGGCAGCUGCAGGAGCGGAUGGAGCUGCUGCAGGCCGGGGGAGACGCAGCUGUCACGGGGGUCCCCAGUCCCCGGGCCACGGAUGCACCUUCCCAUCUAGAUGGCCCCCCGGCCGUGGCUCUGGGCCAAUGCCCGCUGGUGGGGCCAGGCCCCAUGCACCGCCGCCACCUGCUGCUCCCUGCCAGGGUCCCUAAGCCUGACCUAUCGGAGGCGCGUUCCCUGCUCCUGUUCGCCGUUGCUCUGGCUGCUGCCGCCGCCUUGGGCUGCACUGGGUUGGUGGCCUGCGCCCACCAUCUCGCCCCGGUCUGGCGCCACCCGGGAGCCGCCUUCGCCCCCUGAACCCUAGGACCCCGAGCUGGAGGGUUGGGUGACCUGGGCACGGCGCAGAAGCCAUUCCUACCGCCUCCCCGUUCACACCGCCUCCCAGCGUGGGUCUCCGCCCGAGCUCCAGCCCUGUGAUCCGGGCCCGCCCCCUGGCGGCCGGGGAGGGAGGAGCAGGGGGCUCCAGGGAGGCUUGUAACCGGGAAUGCUGCAGUUGCUGCUGGGGAGAAUCGCAGACCAACCACCUACUAACUCCGGCCUGGCUGAGGCCCCGCCGUGGAUGGGCAAACUGCGAUCUAGAGGAGACAGCAGGGCCAGGGCUCGGCCAUCAGUUUUUCACCCUCCACGCGCCCCCCGCCUAUCGGCUCGCAGACCACAAAUCCCUGUGCAUGAGGCCCUACUAUCCCGGGAAUGUUCUCUUCCCGCGGCGAACGUCUAGUGCGAGCCCCGCCCGCCUUCUCGAGAACCUUUUGCUUUCGCCAGCCCCGCUUUUUCGGGGACUCGCGCGCCCUCCUCACGUACGUAGCUCUCGGGGCCACAGCAGGCUCCGCCCGCCUCGGCAGUUUGGGUAUUUAUUGACCUGUCCUCCGACCCGCCAAGUUCCAGGACCCCAGCACCCUAAUCCACGUUUUGGAUGCACUGAGACCCCGACAUUCCUCAGUAUUUAUUGUCUCUCCACACCUAGGACCCCACCCCCGAUCCUCGCGAAUAAAAGGCCCUCCCGUCUGCCCAA